AUGGUUCGCGCCAAUCUCUUUUCCACCCCGCGCCUGCCAGGCUGGAGCUGCUCUGCAGAUGCUGCUGACACCGCACUACACCCAGUUUUUCCAACCAAUCAGCAGCAACAGCGGAAGCAGCAGCAGCGGGAGCCAGGCGCUGUGCCUGAAAUGGUGGUAAACCCAUCAUCUGUCGACUCCUCUUCAACCGACCUUCCUACCCCGAGUACCGGGUCCGCUACAAGCGAGUACAGCCUCUUCGUGGAUUCCCCCGAGAUACAGCGCGAGCUGCGCGCGGUGGAGGAGCGCAGCGGCAUUCCUUGGGACUCCCUGCCCGCCGCAUGGUGGGGCGACUCCGCACCAUGGCCAAAAGUACCAGGAAGCUACCUCUGGGGCGAUCGGGGCAGCAGCGAGAACGGCAGUAUCGAAAGUGACAAUAACGGGAGCGGGAGCGACAGUACCUCGGGGGCGCGGGCGCUCUCCGCUGCUCCCCGUCAUCCCCCCCGCCGCCGCUUCCUGUUCUUCUCUCUGCGCAACGAGGCGUGCGCGGGCGUGGCGCACACGCGCACCAGCCUCGCGUGCCAGCUGUCCGUCGCGCGCGCGCUCCGCCGCACGCUGCUGGUGGACGCGUCCAAGUGCACCGCGCCCGAGCACGAGCGCGCGCCGGGUGGAGUGGCUGCGGAGGUGGACGCGUCCAAGAGUAGCACGGCGCCCGAGCACGAGCGCGCCGCCGGCACGCGCCGGCACGUGCAGCCCCUGUUCGCGUACUUCGACCUUGCGCGCGUGAGCCUUGCGCCCAUGGCUCCGCUGCAGCGGUUCGUGCGGGAGAGCGCGCAGUGGGGGUUGCGGAACGGGGAAGGUGCAGGGGGGGGUAAAGGGGAGCAGAUGGAGAGCGGGGAGAAGCGGGGAAAUGGGGAGAAUGGGGAGAAUGGGGAGAAUGGGGAGAAUGGGGAGAAUGGGGAGAAUGGGGAGAAUGGGGAGAAUGGGGAGAAUGGGGAGAAUGGGGAGAAUGGGGAGAACGGCGAGCGGGCGCGAAGGAGGGAGAUGGGGGAGGAGAUGAACGGUCAGGCGGAACGCCUUAUUGCUGCAAUAGCUCCGGAAUCGGCAACCCUGGAAGACCUGCUUCGACUAUCCGAGCCUGUCCUGUUGGUUCGGCAGGCAGCCACGGGAUUCGCGGACUGCGAAGACCCCAGGAACGGUGGCCGGGUGUCUUCCGAUUGGUCGGCCAUAGAGUACCGGCCGGAGCUGUGGGCGGUAGUGGGGCAGAUUAUAACGAGUAUGGAUGGAGGGGACUAUGAUGCUGUGCAUGUGAGGCGGGGGGAUAAGGCGAGGGAUACGACUCGCUGGCCCAACCUUGCUCAAGACACCUCUAUUGAAGUCCUGGCGGUGAAGCUCCCCCAGCUCAUCUCCCCUGGACGGUCCGUGUAUAUUGCGAGUGACGAAACCCCCUCCUUCUUUGAUCCGCUGCGCGCGAACCAGAGGGGGGAGCAGCACCGGGGGCAAUGGGGGCAAGGGGAAGAAGAGGGCCAGGGGGGGAAGAUGGGCGGAGGGAAGGGGGGGGGCGGAAGGGGCGGAGGGGGGCUGUACCAAGUGCGUAUGCUGGGGGACUAUGCACACCUGUGGGGGGAAGGCAGCGACUGGUGGAGGGCGCAACUGGCGCUCAUGGAGGGGCAGGGGGAGGUGGCAUUCGAUUCUUACAUGGAGGCCAUAGUGGACUAUUCCGUCUUUGCAGCGGCACGAAGAAGAGUGGAAACUUUCAAUGACCUGACAGAUGAUCCUCGAAAUGGCAUCUCAUUGUGA